CUCCACUGCGGGUCACGUGACCGUCCACCAUGGCUUCCUGGUGCGGCUAGGGACGAGGCCGGCGCGGGCCCUGAUCGGAGCACCCCAGAGUUGUACCCCGGCACCUCCACUCCCUGACCCCGGGGUCGCGGAGCUUCCUCCGCCUCUCCCCUUGCCCCUCGCCCGCCCCGUCCCCACCAUGCAGAAGAUCAAGUCCCUCAUGGCCCGCCAGGGUCUCAAGAGCCCCCAGGACAACCUUAGUGACCUGAGCCCCAUCGAGAACCUCCGGCUGCCCAGCAAGGAGGAGUCUCGGGAGCUUCGGGAACAGCCCAUCGACCCCCAAGCCCAGCAGGAAAUCAUCAACAGCAUUGAGGACGUCUACUUCUCAACUGACUCGUUUGAUAUUGUGAAGUAUGAGAUGGAGAAGCUCCCUCCUAUUCUCAAUUUGCAAGAAUUGGAGGCAUACAGAGACAAGCUGAAACAGCAGCAGGCCGCUGUCUCUAAGAAAGUCGCAGAUUUGAUCCUUGAAAAGCAGCCGGCUUAUGUCAAGGAGCUUGAGAGAGUGACCUCUCUGCAGACGGGCCUUCAGCUGGCGACUGUCAUCUGCACCAACGGAAGAAGGCACCUGAAUAUCGCAAAGGAGGGUUUUACUCAGGCCAGUCUGGGCCUUCUCGCGAACCAGAGGAAGCGUCAGCUGCUGGUCGGCCUGCUGAAGUCCUUGAGGACCAUAAAAACGCUGCAAAGAACGGACGUGCGCUUGAGUGAGAUGCUGGAGGAAGAAGAUUAUCCUGGCGCUAUCCAGCUCUGCCUGGAGUGUCAGCAGGCGGCCAGCACAUUCCGACAUUACAGCUGUAUCAGUGAGCUGGACUCCAAGCUGCAGGACACCCUGGAGCAGAUCGAGGAGCAGCUGGACGUGGCGCUCUCCAAAAUCUGCAAGAACUUUGAUGUCUCCCACUACACCAAGGUGCAGCAGGCCUACAGGCUCCUGGGGAAGACACAGACCGCGAUGGACCAGCUGCACAUGCACUUUACGCAGGCCAUCCAUAACACCGUGUUCCAGGUGGUCCUGGGCUAUGUGGAGCUGUGUGCAGGCAACACGGAUACCAAGUUCCAGAAGCUUCAGUACAAGGACCUCUGCACGCACGUAACGACAGACAGCUACAUUCCAUGCCUGGCUGACCUCUGCAAAGCCCUGUGGGAAGUCAUGCUCAGUUAUUACAGGACCAUGGAGUGGCAUGAAGCACAUGACAGUGAGGACACGACCAGGGUGGCCGAAGGGGGUGGUACGACAGGGUCUGAGGAGAGCAAUUUUGACCGCAGCUACGUGAAGAAGAAGCUUGAACAUGGACUGUCGCGAAUAUGGCAGGACGUGCAGCUCAAAGUGAAAACCUACUUAUUUGGGACUGACAUGUCAACGUUCAAGUAUGAUGACUUCAUCUUUGUCUUGGACAUAAUCAGCAGGCUGAUGCAAGUGGGUGAAGAGUUUUGUGGCAGCAAGUCUGAAGUUCUGCAGGAUUCCAUCCGAAAGCAGAGCAUUAACUACUUCAAGAACUACCACAGAACGCGCCUGGACGAGUUGAGGAUGUUUCUGGAGAACGAGACGUGGGAGCUGUGCCCUGUGAAGUCAAGCUUCAGCAUCCUGCAGCUUCACGAAUUUAAGUUCAUGGAGCAGUCCCGGUCCCCAUCCGUGUCCCCGAGUAAGCAGCCUACCUCUACAGCACCCUCCACAGCUGCUACAUUGUUUGAACAGUACUGCAGUGGAGGGAACCCCUUUGAGAUUCAGGCCAACAGCAAAGAUGAGGAAACCGAAGACGUCCUGGCUUCCAACGGGUAUGAGUCAGAUGAACCUGAGAAGAGCGCAUACCAAGACUACGACAGUGACAGCGACGUCCCCGAGGAGCUGAAGCGAGACUACGUGGACGAGCAGACCGGGGAUGUCCCUGUGAAAAGUGUUUCCCGAGAAACGCUAAGGAGCCGAAAGAAAUCCGAUUAUAGCUUGAACAAAGUCAACGCUCCCAUCCUGACCAACACUACCCUGAACGUCAUUCGGCUGGUUGGGAAGUACAUGCAGAUGAUGAGCAUGCUGAAGCCCAUCGCCUUUGACGUGGUCCACUUCCUGUCUCAGCUAUUUGACUACUACCUCUAUGCCAUCUACACCUUCUUCGGUCGUAAUGACUCGCUAGAGUCGACAGGCCUGGGCCUCAGCAGCAGCCGCCUGCGGACAACGCUGAACCGAAUCCAGGAAAGCUUGAUCGACCUGGAGGUUUCCACAGACCCCACAGGCGCCCUCACAGCAAGUGAGGAGAGGAAAGAGAAGGUGCCGAGUCCACACCUCAGUCACCUCGUGGUCCUGACAUCCGGGGACACGCUGUAUGGGUUGGCAGAGAGGGUCGUGGCCACGGAAUCCUUGGUCUUCCUGGCUGAGCAGUUUGAGUUCCUGCAGCCGCACCUAGACGCCGUGAUGCCCUCUGUGAAGAAGCCUUUCCUGCAGCAGUUUUACUCUCAGACGGUGUCCACUGCCAGCGAGCUGCGCAAGCCCAUAUACUGGAUUGUGGCAGGGAAGGCUAUCGACUAUGAACAGAUGCUGCUUCUGAUGGCCAGCGUCAAGUGGGACGUGAAGGAGAUCAUGUCCCAGCACAACAUCUACGUGGACACUUUACUGAAGGAGUUUGAGCAGUUUAACCGGAGGCUGACAGAGGUAUCGAAGAGGGUCCGGAUCCCCCUACCCGUGUCCAAUAUCCUGUGGGAGCAUUGCAUCCGCCUGGCCAACCGGACAAUUGUGGAGGGCUAUGCCAACGUGAAGAAGUGCAGCAACGAGGGCCGGGCCUUGAUGCAGCUGGAUUUCCAGCAGUUCCUCAUGAAGCUGGAGAAGCUGACAGACAUCAGGCCCAUCCCUGACAAGGAGUUUGUGGAGACCUACAUCAAAGCCUAUUACCUGACUGAGAAUGACAUGGAGCGCUGGAUCAAGGAGCACCGGGAGUACUCCUCCAAGCAGCUGACCAACCUGGUGAAUGUGUGCCUGGGCUCUCACAUCAACAAGAAGGCGCGGCAAAAGCUCCUCGCGGCCAUAGACGACAUCGACAGGCCCAAGAGAUAGUGAGCCGGCGGGCACGGACCUCCCUCUCCUUCUCUCCUCCCCCCGUCCUUCCUUCCUUCUUUCCUUCCUUCCUUCCUUCCUUCCUUCCU